CAUGCUAUCGAAAGAUAAUAUCAAACAUUCACUUCUUCCGCUUUGCUGCAGUUUUCAGUGCAUUUCCAGCCAUUCGUAGUUCAGCUUUCAGAAUGAAAGUAUACAAUUUACGCUGCUGGCUUGUGUUGGCUCAUCUAAAAUUAAUUAGUAGCAUCAAUCCUGAUGCUCUGCUCAAAACUUCAAUCGCUCAGCAUGACUACCCGGUAGAGCUACACAAAGUCCCGACCGAAGACGGUUUCAUUCUAACCGCUACCCGUAUCCCCAAACCCGGCCAUACACCCCUGCUGAUCAUGCACGGCCUCUUCGGUUGCUCGGUAGACUACACUGCUCAAGGUCCCGGGAAGGCUUUGGCUCUGCUCGCACACGACGCCGGAUUUGACGUCUGGAUGGGAAACAACCGCGGAACAACCUACUCCAAGAAGCACGAACAUCUGGAUGAAAAAUCGCAAGCUUAUUGGCACUUCAGCUUCCACGAGCUGGGACUGUACGAUCUAUCAGCUCUCGUAGACUACGUUCUAAAGGUUACUAAUCAGAAGAAAUUGCACUACAUUGGUCACUCUCAAGGUUCGACCCAGUUCCUGGUUCUGACCACACUUCGUCCAGAGUACAACGACGUGUUCAUCAGCACUCACCUCUCAGCUCCCGUGGCGUACAUUCAUCACGCCACUAACCCAGCAGUCAUCCUUACCAAGCGUGCCGAUGAACUGGAGGCCGCUUCUCGUCUCACCGGAAUAUAUGAGCUCGGUGGUAGAGGAGCCGGCUCCUACGUAGACGCCAUCAUACGAGCUAAUCAGCUCGGGUUCAUCCCUCUGGACCUUAUCCUCCUCAACCUGUGGUACGUGAUGGGCUACCACGACUCCAUCAACCGCACCAUGCUGCCAGAUUUGUUGAAGUACAGCCCCGCUGGUGGUUCCAUCUACCAAGUGCUCCACUACAUCCAGCUGUUCAACGCGAGAAACUUCCAACAGUACGACUUUGGUUCGGAGGAGAACCUCAAACGCUACGGCACUGCUCAACCUCCAUCGUAUCCGCUACACAAGAUCACAGCCCCAACCUACAUCUACUAUGGUGAGUCCGACAACCUCAAUCAACCAGCGGAUUUGGACGCCUUGGCAGAACGACUCACGAAUCUACAGUUGAAGUUUAAAGUGCCGGUUCGGCGCUGGAAUCAUGUGGAUUUUCUGUACGGAAACGGUGCCCACCGACUGUAUCGCAUGAUUCUGGCCAAGAUGGUGGAUUCGUGAUUGGGGUUAUACAUAUCUCUGGGUGUGUGGGUGAAUUGGGUUUAAAUUACGGUUCACAAUAAAAUUGCACAAUAUGAAGUUCUAUCAGUUGAUUUUGUGUAUAUUUAACAAAUGGUUUGAAUGAAUCUGGCGUUUUUAAUAGCUGUUGGGCGUAUCACGUA